CGCGAGCGUGGUUGUUCUCUACAGAAAAUGGCGUCACCGUUCGUGCUGGCUGUGCAACCGGGGAAAACGCACUUGUUCCGAGCGCUUAAAUUAGAGCGAGAGUUGAUUCGGACUCGCAGCGACUGUCCGCAAAGAUAAAGCAAGUCCGCGGGCCUACUUGGGAGUGAAUAUGGCACUUCAUAACAAAACAACGAAGAGGAGAGGACGCGUAAAGGCGGAAGGGUCACCAGACCUGUGCGCCAAAGCGGCUUCGGGAAGAUGGCACAGCGCCGCAAAGCGCAGCACUUUAUCUGUCGGACGUGCCCUAUAAUCACGCAAAUCCUCCCGAAUGUGUGCCCUUUGUCACUGUUUGGGGACGCGAUUUCAUAUUUUGGUGGGUUUGUGCUCAUAAAGCACCGUAAGUUGGUGGCAACGUCGUCUUUUGUAUCGCCUCUCGCAUCAGCCCGCCUUUACGCCGCACUCACUCCCUGCCUUUUAGGUUCAUAAAAGGGGCCUCUGAGAUGGAGGCUACUAAGAGUGAAGUUCAGGGAAGCCUGACUAGUGACAAAUACUGCCAGACUGAGACACUUCAGGCCUGCUGUUGCCAAACAACAGAAACCCCUCAAGAGCCUUGUGGCAAAAAUCCAGUGCAUCUGAUUGAGCCUGGUGAUCCACCCCUGCUUCAACAACAGCUUCAGACCUCCAAGUCAGGAAUUCAUCAAAUUAUUGAGUGUUUUCGCUCAGGUACAACUCAACUAAAACAAAUGCUGUUGAAGGAAGUUGACACCAUAUUUGAAUGUAAAAUCUGUCGAAGUCUGUUCCGUGGUCUACCAAAUCUGGUCACACACAAGGAGCUUUACUGCUUUUCCAGACAACCUCAGUCAGAUGAUCCCUCACAAGGUGGGCAGAGCCAUGCCAUUAAAGAACUUCUUCAAGCCAUCUAUCCACAGAAAGAGCAAGAAAAACAAACCAUUCAGCUGGAGGCCAUUGAGACCAACCCCAAUGCAGUGUUCCAACAUGUUUCACUAGGGGAAGUUCAGGACAUGCCAGAAUCCCCUGCCCCCACAACUACUGCCCCUACCCCUGUCACUGAGAUUUUGGUACCUGAGAAGAAAAAUCGUCGCAAAUCUAUUUUGGCUCCCAAAAAGGUCCAACCGUCAGAUUUUGAUGAUGAGAUGGAAACUGAACCCGAAGAACAACCUGCUAAAGAAGGUCCGAGCUGUGAAGAGCAAAUGAAGAUUGAGGGGGUAGAAGGGGAGGAAGAGGAAGAGGAGAGUGCAGCCUCAGAAGUAAAGGAAUUAAGGAUCUCUUGUUGCCUCUGCGGAAAAGACUUUGGCUCUAGACGUAGUGUGCGCCGACACUGCCGAAAGAUGCAUUGGCAGAGGAUGGAGGAGCUGCGCAAGUUUACCGAGACACGUACAGUGCCCAUCAGCCUGCUGUCAGUGGUUAAAGACAAGCAUCCUGUUGAACCGCCGCCGUCUCCUGGGAAGAGUUGCCCAGUGUGCAAAAAGUCUUUUGCCACCAAGGCCAAUGUUCGUCGUCACUUUGAUGAGGUCCACCGUGGCUUAAAGCGGGAUUUGAUUACUCCAGACAUUGCCACAAGACCAGGCCAGCCUCUUUUACUUGACACUCAUUCUCCUCCAUCUCCAGCAAAAGUGCCAAGCUCUCCUUUAAAGCAAGAAAAACCACAGUACAACCUGACAAGUUGUCGCUGCAAGCUGUGCAAACGCAAGUACAGCUCCCAACUAAUGCUUAGGCGACAUAUGCGAAUUGUUCAUAAGAUACCCACUCUAGAAAACAGCUCUCAGAAUUCCAAAUCGAAGCAUGAAAGAAGAGAUAAGGUUUAUGUAAAGAAAGAGUCUCUCUCAAAAGCUUCAGAGGAUGAUGGAAAUCACAGUGUGAGUUUUGACUUUAAGAGGAUCUACUGCUGGUUGUGUAAACGCCAGUUUAGUACCAGUUACAACCUAGGCAAGCACAUUGCAGAGCUCCACACUGAUGGAAACGAUAGCAUCUACAUAAAGUUUUACCGCUGCCCCAUCUGCAGAUAUGAGUCACGGCGUAAACGUGAUGUAAUUCGCCAUAUCACAGUGGUGCACAAGAAGUCGUCGAGGUAUCUGGCUAAGGUCAUGCCUGCCUUGGAGAACCAGGCAGUUAAGAAACCAGCUGAUGCUAUCUUGAGCAGCGCAAGCAAGAAAAUAAAUGCAAAGGAAGAUGGCAGUGGGAAGCAUAAAACGCAAGAUCCACCAGCCUCCCCUAGCAGUCGCCAACAAGAUCUUCUAGUAUCUCCCAAAGCAAAGAAACCGGAAUCGCAAACAUCCCCCAACACUCGAAAGCAUUCUGCUUUAACAUCACUUAACACAGGCAAACUUGAGUCUCCGCUUGCACCAAACAGACAAGACAAGAACCUUCAAGCAGCCAAGAAUCCACAUGUCACUCGAAGUCAUAAUGUUAUCAAGGGACCACCCAUCACUAGAAGUCAGGAGACUUGCACUGAGGUUAGGGUAACCAAAAACUUUUCCCUCCAUGCAUGCGAUAUGUGUGGCAGAGCAUUUGCCAAAAAGGUUUACCUUGAGACGCACAGGCGGAGACACAAGACUGCCAUUGCUAGUGGGGACAAAUUACAAGGAAGAAGCACUCGAUCAAAGGCUCUCAUUUGACAUUCUUUCAUUUCUUUCCGAAUACGUUGCACAUUUGCACUGGAUUUAUUUGAUGGGGGUAUCUACAUACAAAAGAAGACAAAGGGAUAUGGACAGACCUGUGGGGAAAAAAAAACGGUGGAUGAAUCAACUUUGCAUAAAGGGGUCAAGAUAAAGAAAGAACACCAAAUACUUUGUUCCAGCUUUUUACUCUGGAGGGCACUGUUGCAAAAGAAAUGGCGUCUACCCUUCAAAUGGAGAAUGAUCUGCAAUUGACUUUGAGUCAGCUUUGACUGGUUACUGGUAUUGACAAAACGUUUAAACAAAGCAAAUUCUCAAAAUGAAUUUUGAAUAAUUUGUAAAUGGAUUAUACCACUAUUUUUUGUAUUCUCUCCGACAGUUUGAAAAUACAUAAAGAAUGUUUCAUAAAUUGAAAAUGGAGUAAGUGUAAAAUACAUGGGAAGUAUAUGCUCUGCGUAUGUACAGCAUGUCUAACUAAUGUUAAAUAUAAGUAGAUAAGUUAUGUAACUGCUUUCCUGCCAUAUGAUCACCUCUCUAAUCAAUUACAGAUUGAAAUGCUGCUAAUUUGUUAGAAAUGUACUUAUAUAUGUUCUGCCCUUUAAGUCAAAGCCUACUUAUUAAGCUGCUCAGGAUGUGUCUUAAUUGAGAGUCUAGAUUUUUUUUAACAGCUUAAACUUUGUGUUUGUCUUGAAGAAAAGGUUGCAACUGUGACUAAAAUAAAUUAGAAUACUACUGUAUUUGUUCAGUUAGGUAGCCUACUAAUAACUUAAUCUAUUGAGAUAAUUUUGCUUUAGUACAUGGCUCUCAUCGUUGCUUUCAAGUAUACAUAGUUAUAAAGAAGCUUUUAAGCAAGUUAAUUGCAAGUAUGAUUUAUUUUAGUUGGGGUGCAUGCAGAAUGCUUUAAUCCCUUGUUUAUUAAUCGUUACAUAUAGGGCUUUCUGAAUGCCAAACAUUAGAUACAUUCUGAUGCUGUGCACUCCUUUUCAUUUGCAAAAUUCUGAUAUAUUCUUGCUUGCAUCGUUUUUUUUCAAAUAAAAAUAAUAC